GAUUGCAAUAUAAAUCUAGCUGUAAAGGUUCUUCUUGUUUCCCUAUCUAUAUAUAAUGCACAAUGCGCAAGGCACAAAGAAAGUUAGGCUGUGCACUGAAAUUUUAAUCAUGCGUGCCCUCUUUGCAGUUAACAAACAAUGCUUUGGUGAUGGAAGACAUAUAAAGUACAUGCUAACAACCUCUGGGAUUUGUUUGUCGAAAGCACUACAAGGAUCUCAUCUGAAGCUCAUAUCCACGUUGACGACACAUGGUGGAAAAGAUUCUUGUCGUCUCCACCAUUUAAUUUCAACUCUUUGACAUUCGCUUAUAUAUAGCUGCGAGGAGCAAAGCAUGCCCUCUACGUCUCACCCAACUAUACUCAGAGUGCAAGAAGAACUAGACAAUCUUAAAGCUCGUCUCGCCUCCUCCAGAGCAGCAGAAAUAGUUCCGGAUGGAUUUAGAAGUGUGGGAGUCGUGUAUGAACAAAUUGAAGAGCUACUUCGCUUGCCCAGCAGCCAACAAAGUAUACAACUAUGUCAAAAGAAAUGGAUAGAAGAGCAACUUGAUUGUUCUCUUCGGUUGUUGGACCUGAUUGGUGCUGUGGGGGAAAACUUGGUUUCCAUGAGAGAGCAUGUCCAAGACCUUCAGUCGGCAAUUCGAAGGAAGGGAGACCAAGUUAGUGAGUCAAAAAAGAAGGCCCAAAAGAUUAUCAACGAUUCCCUCAAGUCAUUAAAGCUAAUCAGUGGCCAAAGUGUACGUUGUUGUGUUGAAGACGGUAGCAAUCAAUUGGUUAAGGUUUUGAUUGAAACAAGGGAGAUCACUAUCUCUCUUCUUAGAUAUAUGCUCUCUUUAGUGUCAGAGCCAAAAACAAAAACAAGUACGUGGUCUAUCGUUUCUAAGGCCAUUACACAAAGAAAGGUUGCCUGUGAAGGAGAGUGGGAAGGUGCAACAGCAGAGGAGAACAUAAAUACGAGGUUACAGGCUUCCUAUGAUUGCAUCGCUUCCAAAGAUGUCAGUGCUAUAAGGGUAGAGAAGGUGCAUAUUGGCUUGAAAGUGGUGGAGGUCAGGAUGGAAAGUCUCGAGUCCGGAUUACAGUUCCUGUUCAGGAAAUUAAUCCAAAAUAGAGUCUCCCUUCUUAAUGUCCUUAGCUUGUAGAGUUACUUAUCAAAAUUUCACCCAUCAUUGUAUUGGCAUCCGCAUUUUAAAGGAUUUGCUAAUAUAUGUGAUUUUAUCCAAUACUGUA